AUGUCGACCCCCGUCAUCAUUGGCGUCAGCGCACUCGCUGCUGCGCUUGCUGGUCGCCACUUCCUCAGGAGGGGCGCCAAGAACGCCGCGGACCAGUGGGUCAAGGGCGGCUUCCGCGCAAAGAUGGACAGAAAAGAGGCGGUCGCAAUACUCGGCCUCAAAGACGGCCCUACAUUACGCAACAAGCUCAAAGAUGCACACAGGACAAUCAUGCUUGCCAACCACCCUGACCGUGGCGGCUCCCCAUAUCUUGCGAGCAAAAUCAACGAGGCGAAGGAUCUGCUAGACAAGGAGACCUCACGGAGAUGA